AUGCUCUACAAUUUUGGAAUUCCUGUUGUAGAAACUCUCUGGUUUAGAGACCUAAAGCAGGGACAAGAUGGAGGAUGCUGGAAGUCACAGAUGCUGCUGUUGCCAUUUCUCUGUGUUUCAGCAUUACAAGAUGUCAUGGAAGAGGAGGAAGAGAUGUGCAUAGUAGAGGGACAAAACCUAACUGUGGGAUGAGUCCACCAUAUUAUGAAACAUUCUAAUGCCCUGAAGGCUUGGCACAGAUAUGGAAAUAGUGGCCAACUGGAGACACUGGCACGAAUGAAUACCAUGAAUGGGGAGCCCAGCUUGGUCCAUGCUGGCAGGUAUUUUUUAGAGGAUGAUCCUCCUGAUGCCAUGCUGAAAGUCACUAGGAUGGGACUCCAGAGGCAAGAUGUUGUGUUAUACCAGCAUGUGAUCUAUCGCCUACCUCGGGACCCCAUCAUCUUGUAUCACUACAUCCGACUGACCACAUGCAAUGGGGGGGCAGCAGGGAGACACUUCCUGUUACUUCUGACCACUUGGCCAGAGAAGCAACCAGUCCAUAGUCAACGGGAUGAAAGCAGCAGUGGCUAA